AGGUCGUUCUAAGUGAUGCAGGACGUGAUGUACCUGUACGAUAUAUCGAAAAUCUCGAAUUUAAAAGUGGAGAAAUGGCUGCGGCGAAAUGACGGAUGAGAAGCGCUAAUCUUCAAAUUGUGCCAGCUACUUACCAAAGUAUGAAUAAAAUACAAAAAAUUGGAAGUUCACGGCAAUUCUCGCUCCUAUCUCGUCUUUGGAAUGGUCCACAGGCAGUUUCUGGAAACACGACAGAGAAGAAAGUUAAAGAAAUUCUGCAACAGCAGUUUCCACGGGCAAAGACAAUUGAUGUUGUUGACAUAUCAGGUGGCUGUGGGGCAAUGUUUGAGAUUAUCAUUGAGACGGCAGAGUUCAAAGGCUUGAGCAUGGUUAAACAGCACCGGAUGAUCAAUGAGGCACUAAAAGAAGAAAUCAAAGAUAUGCAUGGAUUACGUAUUCAUACAUCUGUUCCUCCAGUAGAGUUAUAAAUUUGUAAUUUCCAAAGUACAAGAAAAUAAUGUUUUAAGUAACAUGUAUUUAGAAGGUUUGUAUAGUUACUUUUAAGGUAUCCUUGAUACAUGUAAUAAAAUAUUGUAUGGAAUUUAUAACAGUUGCUGCAGAAAUAUACACUAUUAUUAAAAACAA